AUGCACCAGUACAAGCAUCAGCCAGUCAAGCGUUUGUCCAGCAUCAUCCUCGAAAGAGUCUUUCGAGACGCAAGCAUCAGCUCGCUCAUCGUCGGGAUGCGCCCCUCGGUCCCCCUCCCCCUGCUGUUGUCCGUCUCUACGGCCGCCAACGCCAUCCCCCUCCUUGAUCGUCUGCUGCAUUUCCGUGACGCGAAGCCGUCAAAGACCUAUUCGGUCGUCAAUGUCGAGGGAAGUCCCACCACCGCCGCUCCUGUCGUCGUCACCGUCACCCGGUCGCCGGCUCAGGUCACAGUGACGCAAAGGAUCACGGAUCCCGUCCCAGACGCCUCGUCUGCCGUCCAGACAACAUCCACAUCCCUCAUCAUCGUCAAUGUUGACGCCACUACGGUUGAAGCAUCAUCUACCGUGACCGUCUACCCGACUGUGACGCCCACGCCUGAGUCAACGCCUCCCCCACCCACGACAACCUCGACAACGCUGCCGCCAGCUCCACCUCCGCCUAGCUCCGCCGUUCCAGAGACGUCUUCGGCGCCUACAUCAGACGCUCCUGGGUCCUCUCAACCUACCGCCUCGCCCACCAGCAUUCCCACUCCGUCGAGCUCUCCGGAUCUCUCCCAGAGUUUGGCAUCUUCGUCGAGUCCUCCUGUUGCGGUGCCUCCUCCUUCAACUGAGACAUCGGCUGCUCCGAGCGCAUCGCCGUCAGCACCCGCGAGUUCCUCGACACCCACGGUCGAGCCGCCGCCGCCGCCGCCGUCGACCGAGACUCACGUGGUCCCCAGCUCAUCACCGUGGGCCCCCGUUGUCUCCUCCACUGCCAUCGCCCUACCUCCCCCAUCGACGGGCACGUGGGCCGCCCCGAGCGAGCCGGCAUCGACACCAGUCGAGCCGUCCACCGCUAUCGUGGCGCCUCCUCCGCCAACAGCCACCCCUGUUGCACCUACUUACACUGCUCCGCCUGAGCAGUGGUCCUCGACCUUGUCUGUAAACACUACUUCGUCAUUGACGUCGUCGACAAUCUCGCCAUCUACUCUACUCGCCAGCACCACGGAGUCUAGCAUCUAUCAGACCCCUACCCCGGUCUAUGAGACCACUUCCCAAACCACGUCGGAGCAGGCGCCCAGCUCCCUCAUCCUACCAUCGACGUUCGUCACCAGCGUCUUCAGUGUUACUGCACCGUCCCCCGUCCCGACUUCCCAAAGCUAUGACGACGGGCACUGGAACCCCAGCAAAUAUCCCGAGUGGACAGGCACCGCAAGUGCGACGCCUCGCUACCGCCGCCGGUGA